UAUAGGCUUAAUAAAUAUAAGAGCGACGGCGAUGGUGACAAAACACUAGGGUUUUCAAUGCUGUUUCGAGGAUGGGAUCCGGAUAUUCCCGGGGAUUCAAGGACUCGAUCGGGUGUUUAUCGGAAAGAUACGAUCAUAGGGAUAUGGAUUCCAAAAGGAAUCUUGGAAAAAAGGUUAAUUGGGGAUUUGCAAAGGUUUAUUCGGGUCGGGACUGGCAAGAUUCGGGAUUCACCAAGCUCUUCGAAAGGGAUGCGGAAUCCAGAGGAUCUUGUACAAUAUACUCAAGGUACAUUUUUCGUUAUCAUCAACGCGAGACCUCCCUCGAUUGUUUUAGAGAUUUGGGUUAAUCAGAUCCGAUUGAUUCAUUAUGAUGAGGGGAUUAUUGGGUUACUGUAUUUGAUUUUUGGUGGUUUUUUGGAAAGUUUGGCUGGUUUUGUUGAAUCUGGGAUUUUGAUUUUUCGAAUCACUGAUGGAGGAUAUUGCAUUCAUGGUUUGGAUUCUUUACGUGGGGUUGUGGGUUUCGGGAACCAAUAUAAAAGAGGUCGUGAGAGUAUUGAGUGUAGCAUCAUACCUUCCAAUUUAUUCUUGCAAAAGUUUAACAAUCUUAUAAUCUGUUUUCUUCUGGUUUUGGUGAGGAUGACUCAAAGUCAGCUUCUUGGGAAUGGCGGUGAUAUGAAGAAUGGCGAAGGAAACCGAAAACGACUGAAUAUUUCCGAUAACUCUGACCUGAUUAAGAGUUAUUCCAAGACCUUGAUAGGGAGGUUAUAUAAUGGGAACAUUGGUGUAGGAGUUUGCUCGGGUACCUGGUUAGGGAUUUGGAUCGAUUGGCUUGGUCAGUGUAUUAUGAGGCUUGCUCCUAAACUGGUCCCUUCAAACCAGUUACAGGAAGCAGAACUGGAGAUGAACAAGGCGUUAGGUUUCGGUUAUUUGGGAAAGCAAGUGGUUGAGAGGGUGUGGUUCAAGGUAGCUGUAGAGAGGAGUGUUACGAAAGUUCUGUUCAUGGUUUGUUCUACAAAAGAGAUGGCAGUUGGCUUGGGAAGGUCAGAGAGGCUAUGGUACAAGUUUCUUGCAAGUUGGAGUGGGCUACCUAUAGUAGGAUUUACUUUGGUCACAGGAGUUCUAAGGUUUCCAGAUAUGGGUCAAAUGUUUUAAUAAUGGUGGUGAGAGUUGAAAAAUGUACUUUUAUUGACGUUGUGAAUUUACAUAAUCCAAUAAAAAAUAUUGAGGAUGAGUCA